AUGGUAGUUUUAAAGAUUCUUAUUUUGUGUUUGCCUGUGGUAUACUCUGCGCACACAAAUGCGGUUUCGCCUUGCGAUGGAAUCACGAAUUGUUUAUGUUCGUCAUCAGCAGUAAACUGCACUGGUGCUGGUCUAACAUCACUCCCCCCAACAAUUAAUGCGGGAAAACUAUAUUAUUAUUUUGAAGAAAAUCAACUCAAAACUUUGAACAAAAACACAUUUCGUCACUUCAUCAAAGCCAAACAUAUAAAUGCGGGGAAAAAUCGUAUCAGCCAUUUAGGACCGAAGACCUUCAACCACAACAAAUUAUUGUCCCAACUAUAUCUUGAUAAUAACAGGAUUACAAGCCUACCAGCAACAUUGUUUACCAACAACCACAAUCUCACGUUGUUUUCUGCAAACUUUAACAACAUUACGUCAAUUAGCUCCGGCUUGUUUAAGAACUGUCCACUGUUAUCUUAUAUCAGCAUUACUAAUAACCAGCUAGCUGCAAUUGCCCCAGAUGCCUUCACUACUAACCUGGUGCUCAGCAGAUUGUUAUUGGAAGUUAAUCAUCUCACGACUCCAAUGUGGCAAUGGAUCGACCAUCUGAAACAUUCGGAAACAUUUGAAAUUUAUUUGGAUAGAAACCCUUGGAUAUGUGACUGCAGGAUGAAACAGUUUAAGAUUGAAGUGGAGACACACAGUUGGUAUCAACGAGCAGAAACACCAAAGAGCGGUAAGAAGGGAAUUGCGUCACAUGUACGGUGUUCAGCACCCCCAAACCAUGCCAGCAUGAACAUUGAAGCUGUAGAUUCGUUAAGUUUAACUUGCGAAUCACCGACUAUUUUAACCAACACCAGCGUUCUGCUUGCUGAGGGCAAACCGGGAGUAGUUACGUGUUCAGCAACUGGAAUUCCCGUCCCGCAAGUCUGGUUUGCUGAUGAGACUGGGCGAAAUGUAACAGAUCCGCAUCCAGGAGUGGGGAACAUGACUUUCAAUUCGGUUUUAACUGACGAAGCUGGGCUAUAUUCUUGUUUCGCUUCUGGUUGGAACAGUUCAGGAACAUGGACUCUAAAAUCGACUCCUGUGACUGUGAUUGUAAAAUCCAAGCCAGCAGCUGGAUUGAUUAUAACACUUGCUUUCAUAUUGCCGGCUCUUGUCAUCGUUGGGAUUGUUGUAUUUAUUCGGCAAAGGCAUAAGCGUCGAGAUGGAUACGGUUCGCUCACAAAUGAGAACGGCGCUUCUGCACGUUACGAUCACUUAAACGACGCAGAUGUGACUUCAGCCACAGUAUUACGCGAUAGCUCCGACGACGAAAUGGACGAACUGGUGAGCUACGCCAAAGAUACCGCAGACGAAAGAGAAGUACUGGUAUAGCGAUACCCAAUGACAAGACAAAUAUCUACGGGAAAGAUUUGCGCCUAUUUCAAUAUGGCAUGUGCAGUAUAGUAAUAUGACUAAGUUGGAGCUAUAUAUAUUAUUUUGCUUAUAUUUUUGUAAAAAAAAACGCUUUUGCUUUUGAUACUCUGCUGUUGCUUUGAUUAUUAUUAAAAUAUACCGGCUGGACUUUUAAAUUAAUGAUAGCAAAAGAUAAGCCAUACUAGCUAUACUUGUAUGCUGGAGAUUCAGAGCUCAACUUGGUCUCCGUUUCUCAAGAGCUUUUCCUUGGUGUUCCUUUAUCAAGAAAACAGUAAAUACUUUUUAUUGUAAAGUGAACGUCAGCUAACUAACUUGUUGAAAUGUUGACGAAAUGUAAUUUUUGCCUUCCCCUUUCUUCUGCCCGAAUCCAAACAAUCCACACCCGAACUUGAAUAUUUCUUUGUCAUUUCCGGGAUAAAAACCUGUGAUGAAGAGAAAACGAAGUUCGCUUAUUCUGUUGUAAAAAUUACUGGGUUUAAUUCCAAGCAAAUAGUAACAGUAGGUUGCACGUAAGUGAUGGAAACAGGAGGCACGUUAGUUAUGUUCGAACACCAACGUAUAGACAAAUGAGCUGUUUACUAUUAUAUCUACAAACCCCAAAAAUGUUGUAAAUUAUACUUAAAUCUCACGUUUUGAAAUAAAUUAAAAUUUCUUUUGUUUUCUACUUCUUUUUCGUGGUGAAAUUUCCCUCUCUCUUUAAAUCCUUUAUGAACCACAAAUGAAUUCGCCAUCACCACAAAUGUGAACCCACACAGGCGCAACUCGCAGUUCUGCAGGAUUUAAUUAUGUUUUUAAUCAAAUUAAAAAUGGCUGUGUUU